AGGGAGGGACUGGAUUACCAUAGAAACCUCUUGGACUGUUCAGGGAAUCGGCAGAAUGAGGUGAAAGCUGAAGUGGUCUAACUAUCAAGGUCACUGCAGAGCCGAUCAGCGGAUGUUUUCGGAGCUUUUCUUUCUAAUAACCACAAAAAAGGUGUAUUUUGAAUCUUCUCGUCGUGCACAGCUCUACCGGAGUCAAAGCCUUUUGGAUGUUUUUUUACGUUCUUGUGAUUAUUCUGAUGGGUGACUGAACAGGAGCCAUAUGGAGCAGACGUGAUUGGCGGCACACGUACGCUCUUUGUGGAACAGCAGAUUGCAGCGAUGCAGGUGAACACCCACUCAUGGAUCUGACCAUCUGAAAGCAUCUGAAACUACUGCCUGGAACCAAACAAAACUACACCGAAUGUUGCAAAGUACAAGGAUGACCGAGAAGAAGUUUGACAGAAUCUCAAACGUACAAGCCUUUUUCAACGUCUCUAUCACAUGAAAAUCACUUCCUCCUCAAAAUGUCAUUCAGACGUGGAGUUCCUCCCAACAUCAGUGCCUUGGUACUACAUGACUUACUCAGCUCCUCCACUCCCUCCACCACCACACCAUCUCCAUCUUGCAGCAUAGAUGAAUCCUACAAGUACAUCUUUCUGCCCAUCUGUUACUCUUUCACGUUUCUCUUCAGUAUCUCCCUGAACUCUGUCAUCCUCUUCCGUUCCUUUCGCCAAACCAAGCGCUGGAAUCCCUCACUGAUCUACAUGGUGAACCUGGCCUCUACAGACUUCAUGUACGGCCUGUCACUGCCAUUCCUUGUGGCUAGCUAUGUCAUGCGUGACCGCUGGGUGUUUGGGGAUUUCAUGUGCCGCCUGGUCCGUUUUCUCUUCUACUUUAACCUCUACUGCUCCAUUUUCUUCCUCACUUGUAUCUCCGUCCACAGGUACCUCGGUAUCUGCCACCCAAUGAAAGUCAUCACACUAGAGACUAAGAAGGCUGUCAAGAGCACAUGUGUCUUGGUUUGGAUUGUAGUUUUUGCUUUGACCUGCCCUAUUUUCCGGUUUGCUCAAACUGGUCAUGUGACAAGAUAUGGAGGGCCUGACGGCAAUGCAAGCUUUAUUGACAACAUAAGCCAUGAGGUGUCAUCAAUAAAUGGUAAUGCAAGCUAUGGUAACAUGGGUGGGGUCAUUGAGGAGUACAGGAAUUGUUGGGACGAUGCCAUAGAUAAAGAGUUUCCUGAUUACGUACCCUAUGGCAUCGUGCUCCAUUUACUGGGCUUUUUUGUGCCUUUUUCCAUUAUUGCUUGGUGUUACUCUCACGUUGUUCUGACCAUAUUUAAGACUCUGCAUUCUCGGCCAUCAUCCCGCAGAGGUCCAAGAGAGGGAUAUGAAGGAAUGGCGAGAAAUGAAAGAAGUAACCCUGCAAUCAAUGCAGGAGGUACAAAGGGAAGGAAUGGACUGUCGAGGACCCUGAGGAGAGAUGAAGGGACAUCCAUUUUCCUUGGUGCACACUCACCUUAUGCCAAUCGCAGACGUAAAUCUAUCAAAACAAUCAUCACCAUCACCCUUCUGUUUGCCCUAUGUUUCUUCCCCUUUCAUGUUACUAGAACCAUCUUCCUCGUGCUAAAAGUGACCAAGGGAGUCCCGUGUCACACUAUGACCAUGGUGUCCAUGUGUUACAAGAUCACGAGGCCUUUGGCUUCAUUUAACGCAUGGCUCAACGCCCUCCUUUAUUUCCUGACUAAAGACAAGGGGGGAGCUCACUGUUGCCAGGCAGUAAACACCUCCACCCAACAACAUGGUGGGCUUCUAUUGCCGCUUAGGAUGAUGGGAAAAGGAGAGGAUGCAGAAGAGGGAGGGUUGGAAGACAGAAUUGAUAAUAAGGAGACAAAAGUAUUUCAAAGUCCAUCGUACAUAAACAGAGCAAAAGUCAGAUAUAUAGUUGAAUGAAGACAGAUCUUUAGAUUAAGUGUAGGCAACUCUAGCUGGUAAACACAAUAUAUUAUAGUGUAUGAUCCCUGUAACUAAAGCAAUGAUUAAAGAAGACCCAAACUAGAAUUAUAAUAUCCCUUUUAUUUCUUUUAUUUGUGCCUUAUUACUGGUCUGCUGCCAGUAAUACUUUGGCAGUGACCCACUGUGUACAUGCAACAUGAAUGCAAAAGUGACAGCUCAUUGUGAUGAUAGUUGUAGUGUUAUUUUCUUUUAAGGGGAAUGUAUUUAUAAUGUUUAUCAGGUUAAACCAAGCAAAAGAAAUGUCUGUGGCUACACUUGAAAAGUAAAUUUUCAUAAAAAGGGAUAGUCUCCCAAUGAAGCCAUACUUUCACACAUUUUCUCACUUUGACAAUUGCUGUUGUAAAAUGGUUGUGUGCUUGAGGGUUUUAGGAAGUUACAAUUAUUGUCUCGGCCAGAAGGGAGUUUCGAAAAGGAUUAUUUGCCAAACUGUGUUGGGAAAGCUAUACUCAUGUUGUGGUGUGACAUUCCAUAUGUAGGUGUUUUGUGACUUUUCUGUUGACAGUGUACUCCUUACUCAAUGACAAUAAAUACAGAGAUUGAAAAAUAAAAUGCAUUUUAAUUUGUGAGGAUACGCUAUACGUGUCUGCCCCUCCACUUAUAUGAUACAGAUAAGUUAUGUGAAAAAUAAAAGCAACCCUCAAAUGUUGAUUCACA